CCACUCUGCUGAGAGGAAGGAGUAGUCCAGAUGAGAACCACACUCAGUUGAUGACAGAACCGCGAAGGGUGGGCACCGGCCGCAGGAAGCCACAGGCACCCAUCUGCCCCACAGACAGCAUGCUCCGCCUGCUCCUGCCUCUCGCGCUGGUCUUCGGCCUCGGUCCAGGGAACACAGCUUCACAAGCCAGCUCAACCUCACUGAUGGUGAACGGGGCUCUGGGGGAGUCGAUAACUCUUCCCUUGAAGCUUCCUGCGUCUGGGAUUGCUAAUUCCAUCACCUGGCUUUACAAUGGAACAUCUCUAACCUUCAUAAAUCUAAGUGGUGCUUCAAGUCCAAAGAUCAUAGUGACUAAUCCAAAAUGGAAAGAUCUGCUGCAAUUCACCAGCAACUACUCCUUACAGCUCAGCAACCUGACAAUGGCUGACGCAGGAUCUUACCACGCCCAGAUAACCACACAAAACUCUACAGUGUUUUCCAGCUACACGCUGAGGAUCUUCAGACGACUGAAGAACUUAGAAGUGGCCAACCACAUGUGGCUGUCCAAGAAUGGGACCUGUGAGAUCCACCUGACCUGCUCUGUGGAUAAUAUGAAUGACAACAACUUAUUAAGGUGGGAAGUCGCAGGAAACGUAACUAUACAUGAAGCAAACCUCACUCUGUCCUGGGACCCCAGGGAGUCCGGUGAAGAGGAGUACACCUGUGUAGCUGAGAAUCCUGUCACCAAACUAUCCUUCUCUGUCUCCACCUGGAGUCUUUGCAAAGAUUUUUUGAAUGAGAACAAUAAAUAUACUGGAUGGCUUAUAUUAGUGUUUGCAGUUAUUUUCAUAUGUAUGCUCACCUUGGGGUUAUUUCUUUGGAGGAAGAAAUACUGUUUGCGCAAGACAGGCAUCUUUCACUUCUCUGCUCAGCAAACCCAGAGUUCUGCAGAGAACAUGAGGAACUUAGAAUAUGUCUCCAUCUCUUCGGGGAACACCGUGUAUGCUCAGGUCACUCAUCCAAACAGGGAAACAAAUAACCCAACACUUAUGAAAAGCACUGAUUCCUCCACAAUUUACUCCGUAAUUCAUCAGUUCAACGAGAAUAAACCCAUUUCUCCCAGGACAACUGCCCUUGGCAAUGUCAUCUAAAUUGCUGAGAAGUCUCAGAAGGAAUUCAGGAAUGACACAGUUUCUCCUGAUCCCACGGGAGAGAACAAACACAGCUUGGUUUCUGCCUGGAGAACUUGAAUAUCUAGGAUUAUCACUUCCAGUUCUUAGGACUAGAACCUGUUCACCUACGUCAAACAUCUAAGGAAUAACAUCAUUUCCAACAUGGGAUCCAAAUAACGUUUUCUAAUCUGCUCCAGGCCAAAGCCUGCUUCAGCGAACAAGCCUAGACAUUGACCUUCUCUUUGGCAACUGAUGGUGUUGUGGUUGACAGGGAGUUAUAAUUCAGAAGACAACAAAUUCUCUCCCUUCCAAGAGCAGCAGAACUUGAUUUGCUGGGAGAGAGUACUGCUUGUUGGUUACGUAUGCUGCUUCUGGAAUUAGAUGGACCCAUUCCCAAAUCCUCAUACAUCAUUUCCUAGACAUACCUCCUGGGACAAGGUCUGGAACCUCUUGAGCUCUGGUCUCCUAGACUGAAAAAUGGGGAUCAGCCUGUUACUCAAACCAGGAACUGGAGUUAUCCUUGACUUCAGCCAUUUUAUCUCCAGGCCCUUUGAACUCUACCUCCAAAUAUAUAUGUUAGAUCAAACCACUUCUUUCCAAACCUUUUUUUUUCUUUAGAAAAUUUUUUUAAUGUUUU